AUGUCGAAACCACACCCGACACUCGCCCAGGUCUCGCUUAACCUGGCUAUCCACCACCACUUUCUAUCCUUCUUUCUUAAUGAUUCCUUACGAAAAACGUGCCGUGGCACAGUUUCCCUCUCUCUUGAUCGGUCAUGUCCAAUCCCAUUGGGAACAGUGGCACCCAAAAUUCGAUUGAUCCCCCUGCAGUUUUACCUGCAUAUAAAUAGUGGUCCAAGUUCCGAAUUUUGUCAGAACACGGCGACCUCUUCACGCAAAAGCAAAAUGGCAUUGAAGUUCUUAGCACUCGCAGUCUGCCUGGCAGUAGCCAACGCUGCAGGCCCAGCGGCCUACGACAUCGCGGCUUCGUCUGGUGAUCACAGCAGCAUCGGUUUCAGCCAGGAGUCUACGCAGAAAGGCUACGGGGGUCAAAACGUGAUCUCCUCUUACAGCAAGGCCGACGACUCGGCUCACUCCUACGUUCGCGUGAGCAGCCACAGCGUCAGCAACGAUGCCCUCUUGAACUACGACAUCAACCACGCUCCCGCCGUGAAAGCCGCCUACUCUGCCCCAGCCUACAUCGACAAGUCCUACGCCGCCCCGUACAGCUAUAACGCUCCUAUCUUAGCCAAGACCUACGCCGCCCCGUACAGCUACAACGCUCCUCUCUUAGCCAAGAGCUACGCCGCUCCGUACAGCUACAGCGAUCCUCUCUUGUCCAAGUCCUACGCCUCCCCGUACAGUUAUAGUGAUCCUCUCUUGACCAAGACCUAUGCUGCCCCGUACACCUACAGCGAAUCUCUCUUGGCUAAGUCCUACGCCAGCCCAUACAGCUACAGCGAACCUCUCUUGGCUAAGUCCUACGCCGCACCAUACAGCUACAGUGAUUCUCUCUUGGCCAAGUCCUACGCCGCCCCAUACAGCUAUAGUGCUCCACUCUUGGCGAAGACAUACGCUGCUCCGAGUUCACUGAUCGCCAAGGCUGCCAUCGCCGCACCAGCACCUCUUCUCGCUAAGACUUAUGCCACUCCGCUCGCUGCUGCUCCUCUGGUCGCCAAAAGUUAUGCAGCUGCACCUCUUCUGGCCAAGAGCUACGAAUACGCUACUCAUGCUCCAGUCAUCGCCAAGAGUGCCCUGAUCGCUCCAGCUCAUGGAUACACCGCGUCCAUCGCACCAGCUCCCCUUUUGACCAAAGCCUACUCUGCUCAAGCUCCGUUGAUCGCCAAGUCUUACGGAUACGAAGCCGCUGCUCCUGUUGUGCACACUGUCUUCAGUGGUCUCGGUACCAACUACUCCUGGUAA